AUGUAUAGUCGCAUAGGCCAGGUGAUCCGCCAUCUCAGCCGUCCACUGCCCAACUACGCCCACAGCUCUGCCGCCGCAUUCCCGCCUUCGUCGCUAUCGCCAAUGACAUCAUCGUUAGCAUCGCCGUCAGCGGCCUCCUCCGCAACGGCACGCGAGAACUUCAGGAAGACCAUUUGUACGGCGGCAUGUCUGGUCAUAGGCGAUGAAGUGCUAGGCGGUAAGACGGUCGAUACGAACUCCCCGCACUUUGCGGAAUAUUGCUUCUCGCUCGGGAUACAGUUGAAGAGGGUAGAAGUCAUUGCAGAUGAAGAGAGCGAGAUCGUCGAGGCUGUCCGGCGGAUGAGUGAGAAAUAUGACUUUGUCGUGACCAGCGGCGGCAUUGGGCCUACACACGAUGAUAUAACGUACCAAUCGAUAGCACGCGCAUUCAGCCUCCCGCUCGUGCUGCACGAACAGGCCUUCGAACGCAUGCGUCGUCUUUCCAAACCUCAACAGGCAGGCCCAAACUUCAACUGGGACACUCCCUCCGAUGCCCUCACGGCACGACUACGCAUGGUGCAGCUCCCAACAGACAAAUCCCUCCCCCUCAAAGACCAAGCUCUUUUCAUCGACGACGAGCUCUGGGUGCCCAUCACCGUUGUUAACGGGAACGUAUUCAUUCUUCCAGGCGUGCCGUCUUUGUUCAAGCGGCUGCUGGUAGGGCUUAAGCCAAUCUUGCUUCCUCGUCUGAUUGAUCCAGAGGGGAAAGGCAUGCAUAGGAUACUCAUCUCUACUCCGCUGGUGGAGAGCUCGGUGGCGGCUUACCUGACCGAGCUUGCGGCGCGGGUCGAACCAAAAGGCGUCAAGGUAGGGAGCUAUCCUCGUUGGGGCAGGAGGAGAAACACAGUUACCUUGGUGGGAGCGGACAGGGAGUAUUUGGAGAGUCUUGUUCCGGAGGUCGAGAAGAAUGUUGAGGGUAGGAGGGUGCAGAGGGAGGACGAGGAUGAUCCCGAGGAUGUAGAGGAGGAGAAGAUAUAG